ACCAAUGAGAGGUCAGCACAGGCAGCAGGUUGCUGUGUACGGCGUUCCGCCUCUCUCCUCUUUGUGGUCGACGCUGCGCGUGUUUUUGGAUCGGAUUUAACGCUUUUCUUAAGAUGCAGGAAAACAGAGGAGCUCGUUCAGAUCAGAACCACGGUCCUCGACAACAGCCCAACCCCCAGCAGGAACAACAGAGGAAGCCGUCAGGAACCGAUAGCAAUGGACAGCAUACUGAUGCUGGAGAUCCAAGCAGCUCAAGUGCUGCUGUUACUAUAAACCUGCAGAACUUCAAGAAGCCUGGAGAGAAGACCUACACGCAGAGGAGCAGGUUGUUUGUGGGAAACCUACCUGCAGGAACCACGGAGGAUGAUGUGGAGAAGCUUUUCUCCAAAUAUGGCAAAGCAUCAGAGAUCUUCAUCAACAAGGAACGAGGCUUUGGCUUCAUCAGACUGGAAACAAAGACGCUCGCUGACAUCGCAAAAGCAGAACUGGACGACACCCCUUUCCGUGGUCGACAAAUCCGUGUGCGUUUCGCCACACAUGGUGCUGCUCUUUCGGUCAAGAACCUGCCGCAGUUUGUGUCCAAUGAGCUCCUGGAGGAGGCUUUUGCUAUGUUCGGCCCCAUCGAACGAGCAAUCGUCAUCGUGGAUGACCGCGGCAGGCCAUCUGGGAAAGGCAUUGUGGAGUUUGCCAACAAACCGUCUGCGAGGAAAGCUCUGGAUCGCUGCACAGAUGGCGCUUAUCUCCUCACCACAUUCCCCCGGCCUAUUAUGGUUGAGCCGAUGGAUCAGGUGGAUGAAGAUGAGGGUCUUCCUGAAAGGCUUAUUAGCAAAAAUGCCCUGUACCACAAAGAACGUGAGCAGCCACCGCGGUUUGCCCAGCCUGGCUCGUUCGAAUACGAGUAUGCAAUGCGCUGGAAGGCCCUUAUGGAGAUGGAGAAGCAACAGUACGAACAGGUGGAGCGAAACAUCAAAGAGGCUCAAGAGAAACUCGAGACUGAAAUGGAGGCAGCGCGACACGAGCAUCAAGUCAUGCUGAUGAGACAAGAUCUCCUGCGCAGACAGGAGGAGUUGAGAAGGAUGGAGGAAGCUCACAACCAGGAGGUGCAGAAAAGGAAGCAGAUGGAGCUGCGUCAAGAGGAGGAGCGCCGGAGGAGAGAAGAGGACCUCCGCGCCCAUGCCGAGGACCUGAUGAGGAGGCAGCAGGGGCAGGGGGGCAACUUUCCAGAGAAAAGAGAUCCAGAUAUGAGGAUGCAUAUGGGAGGUCAGGGAAUGGGCAUGAACAGGAACCAGAUGAGUGGGAAUCCCACAGCUGCAGGAUCUACCAAUAUGACUUCCAAUGAGCAGGGAUCUGCCGGAAGUCCAGAUUUGCCUCUUCCCUUCCCUCGUCCCGGACCCCCUGUCGACUUUGGAGCCAACAAACGCCGCCGAUUCUGAGACGAUCACCCAAAAGUCUUUGUUUUUUUUUUGUUUUUUUUACAUACUGUAAACAUUUUAGUGUUUUUUGUAGAGCCUGUGUGUGCGUUUCACCAAUUGGAUUUGUGAAAGCAAAGAUUUUAAACGUAUAAUGAAAUAGUUUUAAGUUACCUGCUAAAAUUUCUCUUACUCCCAAGAGUCUCAUGGGCUCUGUCCAGAUAUUAACCGAGCCUGGUUUUGGUGUGAAAGACCCUUGCAGCGAUUCCUUGUAGACCAAUUAUUACUCUAAAGCAUUCAAGAAAAUGAUUAUUUGUGCAGGGAAACGGGCCCAAGGUGAACCCUCAGCAUUGUAUAGCCCCAACUGUUUUGUUUUUAUGUUCAUUUUUUUGUAAUUUACCCAGCUGUAUUAUUUUCUAUUGUAGACAUUAGAUUUUGUCUUGUCCUCUAAAAAAACGCCUUCCUUCUAGACAACAACUUGAAAUAAAUUCAUUACUACACGUAACAUACA